AUGUCGGCUAGCGGAUCCUCCAUCUUCACCUCCCCUACCUCUUCCCGCAGUCGCAAGCGCGGCAUGAUGGCGCGCUCGCAGCCUCGUCCCAUCCACACGCCCACCAGCCCCAUGUCCGCCUCGAUCCCCCACAACCUGCUGCCCUCGGCGCCCGCGUCGCCGCCCACCCCAGCCCCCAGCCCGACCCCGAACCAGCGCGCUCCCGACUGGAGCACUGCCGCCGAGCAUGAGGACACGCAGGUCCGCGACAUCAGGGCCCUGUUCAGCGAGAUGAACGACGGCGAGAAGCAGCGGUUGCUAGGGGAACUGCUAAACAUGUGCAACAGCCACCAGCUGAGCUUCGUACAUGACUUUGUCAGCCCAAGGCUGAAGAAGGACCCCUUCACCUGCCUGCCCAAUGAGCUCUGUCUUCGCAUCCUCACCUUCAUCGACGACCCGCAAACCCUCGCCCGCUCGUCGCAAGUCUCCAAGCGAUGGCACGAACUCGUCAGUGAUGAUAUGGCAUGGAAGUCCCUCUGUGAGAAGCACGCAUAUCGGAGACUCUCCGACGAAUCCGGGCCCCGACCAGCGCCCUUCGGAAACACCUUGACGCCUGGCGGCUCGCCCUCGUCCUCCCAGGCCUGGCGCUACAGUGCGGGCAAGCAGUUCAAGGGCAUCGCUGGAGCCUCGUCCAGCAGCACUCCUGAUCUCAGGACCCAAAGCCUUGACCGGAGAGGAGGAUCUAGGCGGAAACCAAAGGCCAUGACGUACAGGUCCCACUUCAAGCAGCGCUACAUGGUGGAGACGGCAUGGCGAUCCGGCGGACGGGUGGAUUCCAGGCAGAUCACGCCUGACCAAGGCGUCGUGACUAGCCUGCACCUUACUGACAAGAACAUUGUCGUGGCAUUGGACAACGCCAAGAUCCAUGUCUUUGAUACCGAAGGACAGCACCAGAAGACAUUGCAGGGACAUGUCAUGGGCGUCUGGGCAAUGGUGCCCUGGGGAGACAUUUUGGUUAGCGGUGGAUGCGACAGGGACGUCAGGGUCUGGAACAUGGCCACAGGAGCGAGUGUCCACACCCUCCGGGGUCACACCUCGACCGUCCGAUGCUUGAAGAUGUCCGAUUCCAAAACGGCAAUCUCUGGCUCGAGAGACACGACGUUGAGGAUUUGGGACAUCGAAAGGGGUGUCUGCAAGCACGUGCUCGUAGGCCACCAGGCCAGCGUCCGCUGCUUGGAGAUCCACGGUGAUCUGGUCGUUUCCGGCAGCUACGACACGACUGCGCGCAUUUGGAGCAUUUCCGAAGGCAAGUGCUUGAGGACGCUCACUGGCCACUUCAGCCAGAUCUACGCCAUUGCUUUUGACGGAAAAAGAAUCGCUACCGGCAGCCUGGACACCAGCGUCAGGAUCUGGGAUCCCAACGAUGGUCGCUGCCUCGGAUUGCUUCAAGGCCACACUUCGCUUGUCGGUCAGCUGCAAAUGCGCGGCGAUAUCUUGGUCACCGGCGGCUCCGAUGGCUCCGUCCGCGUCUGGUCGCUGAACGAGUACCAACCGAUCCAUCGUCUGGCGGCCCACGACAACAGCGUUACCAGUCUGCAGUUUGACGACACUCGCAUCGUUUCCGGUGGCUCUGAUGGUCGCGUCAAGGUUUGGGAUUUGAACAAAGGAACUUUGGUCCGCGAACUCAGCCAGCCGGCGGAGGCAGUCUGGCGCGUGGUGUUUGAAGAGGAAAAGGCUGUGAUUAUGGCCAGCAGGGGUCAGAAGACAGUCAUGGAGGUUUGGAACUUCUCCCCACCUGAUGACGAGCUGGACGACUACAGAGCUGGCAGUCCGUAUAGCAUGCCAGAGUACAACCAGGCAAACCACGCCGCCAUUGAGCCUCACGACAUGAGCGACAUCAACAUGCCGGAUGCGGCUCUCUAA